GGGAAUCCGACGUACAGCAACGUCACCCACAGGCCAUAGUCCACAGUCUACCUGACGUACUUUUGUGCGUAAAUGGCGUUGACGUUAGAGUCUUCUGCCCAUUUAUAAACCCCCCACCCCAUCUGCCUCAUCAUCAAAAACCAGUCUCUCAUUUGAUCCAAUCUCUUCAACUACUAGCACCAUCAUAAUCAUAUAUAUGUAAUUGUAACCAUAUAUAUAAUCUAUGCAAGAAGCAAUCCCUUAUAAAUCAUACAUGGCCUCCACCGCCACCGGCAGCCGCUCCCCGCUUCGUAACUUUUUUGAUGGUUCCAAUGGUACUGAAAAUAGUGUAACGAAAUUGGUUGUGGAGAAAGCGGUCAUAGUUUUUGGUAGACGUGGUUGCUGCAUGUGCCAGGUUGUGAAUAAGUUGCUACUAGGGCUUGGGGUGAAUCCGGCAGUUUGCGAAGUGGAGGAAGAGAUGGAAGACGCUGUGCUCAAUGAAUUGUCAAUAAUCAAUGGUGAGAGAGGUGGGAUUCAGUUCCCAGCUGUUUUCGUUGGAGGGAAGUUGUUUGGGGGAUUGGAUAGGGUUAUGUCUACUCAUAUUUCAGGUGAAUUGGUGCCUAUUUUGAAAGAUGCUGGGGCUUUAUGGCUAUGACUUGUAAACCUGUUUCAUGUCUUGCUUCUUCUUCUUCUGGGCUUCAGUUCAGGACUUGCAGAUCGGUUUUACUUUACGGUUAGAAUAGUUUGUCAUAUAAAACUUCUUUCAAAUGAACUGAAAUCGAAUGUAAGAUCUAUGCCAAGUUCUUUUUCUUUUGAAAAAUUAGUGAGAAGAUAAGAGUAAAACUGUAGUUUUUUUUUUUUUUUUUCAUUUUUAAUCUCUGUUAAUUUGAAGCUGAAGGCUUGAAUCAUGGAUAUGGAUUCCACACGCUAAACCUGGAUUAGGGUGUUCUUUAAAAUUCAAGAAAUCAACCAAUAACAAGUAAAAUCAAACAAUUCAACUACCAUAAGUUUGUCAAAGUAUGCAAAAU